GCAAAAACUAUAAUACUACUAUUCAGGAUCAGUGAAAUGUUAGCGUCCAGUCACACUCUUAAUGUCCCUUUCUUUCCUAUAAUUAAGAAAUAAGUAUAUGUAAAUUUACUGAAGGAUUUCUGUAAAGAACUACUGCAGUUGGUACAUAAAACAAGGAACACGUUUUUCCUCCACUUUCCUUAGUGUAUCAGUUUUCCUGUUCUGAGCACAAAUUCUAUAUUUUUCUCAGGGGGAUAUUUUUGGAAUCUGAUAGGAAAUCACACAUGCUUGCACAAACCGAUAACAAAUAAUCAGUGUACAGGAGACAUAAAUAUAUAGCAUUAGCUUUCAGACUCAAACUGUGUAAACUACAUGAAGAUUUUGAAGAUGCCAAACCCACAGACUAGUGAGCUGCACCAAUGGUUCCUAACUGUAACAACAAAACAUUAAUUUAUUUGUCAGUUCUUAACCUCUACACCAUAACCGCCACACUGGCAUUUGCUAAAAACUGAUUGAGGGAAUUUAAGCUGUUAUAAAUGGUUUUUUGACCUAAAAUCUGUCAAAAAUAGGUGAGUCAUAUCACUAUAUAUCGAUCACAUCAAGUAAUUUAGAGCCAGAAAGAGCAUUCCUAUCAAAAAGCAGCUGCUGCAACCAGACUUUUAUAUAUCCUUUAUUUAUCCAGGUAAAAAGUGUCAUUGACAUUAAAAAUGUGUUUUUCAAGAGAGAUCUAGCCGAGGGGGCAGCAGAAACUGUAACAAAUAUAACAUCACAGUUCUAAAAACUUACUGGAAGUAAACAAGAAGGACUGGACUAAUGACAAUAUUGGUACAAAUAUGCAGAGUCAUGAAAUACUUUAAAAACAAGUCAUUUCCUUAUAUUACGUAUAAUCCCUUCAUAACUCCUGUUCACUACAGUCUAUUUACUAAAAUAAGCGACGAUAUUAGACGUUAAAAAAAACACAGAAAGACAUUGGAAAUCACUUUUUGGCACAACACCAGUGUCCUGCAUAACUACCGGUAUGUGUGCUUGUGCCCUGAUGUUUCAUGUGUGGUGCCAGCUAAUAACAAAAACAGUUCCUGAGGGUCCCCGCUCUCUGUUGUUCGUGUGUUUGUGUGUUUAGAUGUGCGACUGCACAAAGGCACUUAUUUUGAACUGUCAGUCAUGCAAAACUGUUCUUUCUGGAUCCAAGAAUGAAAAAAGUGAGCAGAAAAAGUUCCAUUUAAGCUAAAAUCAGCUCCCUUAGAUGUGAUUGUAACAUAUUUCUCUCUCUCUUUCAGAUCACUGAGGUCACCGUAUGAUGCACAAGACUCCUUCACCUCCUAAUACAAUAGUUAAUUUUAAAUGUUUAUAUUAUGUUCAUAUUUAAUGUUCUUGGGUUACUGAACUUUCUACGUGGCACUGUUGGAACAUUCAGUUGUAGACAAGUGCGAAAUUGCAUUGCCUACCUCCUGUAUACUGUUAUUUUGAUGCAAAUAAAUUUUUAAUGAUUAGAUUACUUUUUGUUUCUGAUGUUUUUGCUUUUUUUUAAUUAAAAUAAUGCAAAACCACAUCUUACUUUCAGUUUUACUUUACACUGUGUUUCACGUGAUAUUCAUAGCAAACAACACCAGUUAGCAAGCUGAUAUGACAGAGGCAGGGAGGUCCAGAGUAACACUAUCAGUUAUUUGCACAUGUUUCUAAGAGGGUGUGUGCGUACUUUUCCAUAUGCAUUGCCUGAACACACAGUUUAAAACUGACAAAAUUUGUCACACUUGUGUCUGACAGCAGCUCCCUGUAAUAAUUUUCAAGGACUAAUGUUGUAUUAAAGUCUGUUGUUUUUCCAGAAGAUGCUUGCUUCCUUCUUUGUGGUCAUUCUGGGGUUGUGCUGCUGCUUCGAGGAAAGCAGUCAGUUUUUUCUGGGGCAUCCACAACUGUAUGGCCCCAAUGAGGCUUUGGUGAAAACAUAUGUAGAGUUUCAAUGUGAAGUGCCGAACCACCCGAUAAAUCACGAAAUCCUGCUGCAGAUAUUUAAGGAGGAUGACCCCAACAGGGCAUUGGGUGAAUACACUUCACUGGAAGGGGAGCCCGCAAACAUUCCCAUGGUUAUCAAAAAGCGUUAUGACGGCUAUCUGAAGUGUGUGGCUAGCGUACAAAACCGCUCUAUCUCUCAUAUUAAUUCCACAUCCAGCAACCUACACUAUUUAAAGGUUAUCGAGCCGGUGAAAGGUGCACAGAUCAUCAAUUCUGGUCCAGAUGACUUCUUUGAGGGAGAAACACUUCAGCUAAUCUGUCAACUUAGCGCUGGAAAUUAUAUAUCCUACAAAUGGCUGCACAAUGAUCAGCUUGUAUUGCCGUCUUCCCUCCGUCGUAUUUAUGACAACCAGCUCACGAUCUACAGAACAAAUCCUCAAGACAGUGGCUCCUACAAGUGUGUGGCUACCAACGUCUUCAACAAAACAGUCUUCACCUCCAACAGCUCUGAAAUUGAAAUCACAGUCAAAGAGUUUGUGUCAACCCCUGACAUCUCCUUCACUGUGUUAAAGGAAGAGCCACAAAAUUAUUUUGCGAUGGUUGUCUGUAACUCAACACGAGGAGAUCUGCCUAUCACCUACUCGCUGUACCGUGGGAAAGAGCAGGUCAUCAACGUGACAGUGGAAGAGAGACAUUACGUAUUUAAGCUUCCUUUGGUCUUGGACCGCCACUUAGGCUUUCUCAGAUGCCAUGCGAGCAACGGAGAACAGACCACAUACAGUCAGUGGUUGCCCUUGCAUGUUGUCCCUGUUAGUGGACCUGUGACAAUGCAUUAUGACUACGACACUGGAGAAAACUACGCUGUAAUUGGCCUGAGGUUCUACUGCAAAGCGGAGAAGGGAUCACAUCCACACUAUCAGUGGUUCCACAACAAAACCCUCCUACGGGAUCGAGGAACCUACUACUAUGUGGUGGACCAGAUGCCACAACGAUCGAUACUCCUGCUAUCUGUGGGGAGGGAAAGCGCCGGGACGUACUACUGUGAAGUAUCAGACAGCUUUGACAACAGCACCGCCAUAAGCAGCAAGAGGCGAUAUUUGGAUAAAGAAGUGCUGAACCGCAUUCCUGACUUUGUAGUGGGAGUUGUAUUUGGAAGUUUUGCCUUUUUGAUUUUCCUGAUGUCUGCUUGUUGCUGGAUUGGAGUGAUUUUCAGGAAGAGGCAGUAUGGAGAAAAGUCUCUGUGGAGCUUGGAGAUGCAGAGAAGCAAAGCUGUAUAUGAGGACGAGCUGGACUUUUCAGUCCACAGUGACGAUUCUGAUCUGCUGAAAGCAGCGAGAGAGGAUGAAUUCGAUCAGGCAUCUGAAUCCUCUGAAGAUGAAUGGCCCCAGAUUCAGAAGAAGACUUUGAAGGAUGAAUCAGUUUAAAGAACUACGUGGAUGUUUGCUCUCUAAACGUGAACUGUUGUAGUGAAAUAAACAUUUGGUUAGUGCUGCAGCAUCCUUACAGCAUGAGCACUUUUACCAGUUAUCUGUAAAACAUUGUGAAGGAGAAGUUAAGUCAGAGGUGCCAAGCUUAAUACUGAUGAGGAUGAGGGAAACAGAAUUAAGAAAGAAAGAACUCUCUUUAACCAGUGGAAUCAUUUUUGACCCCAGUUGUAUAUUUAUAUGUGUCUGUGUGAUAAUUUUUGAUUGCAAAAUUAUUUUCUAACAUGAGUUUGUCAGUUUACUUGUUCCACGGCUUUUCUUUGUGCUUUACAGGAAUUGGGCGAUUUGAAUGCACGGAUUAAGGAAAGUUAUGUGGGGUAAUUAAUGUGUUUGUUUAUUUGUAUCAUCAUUUUCACUCGUAACCUCUACAUUGUAAUGUUUUGCAGUGAAAACUGGCUAACAGACCAGGAUAUAGCAAGCUCCGAGUGUUGCAGAAAAUAUUAAAUAUUACAUAUUUAAAAACAACAAAUUUGUUUAGACUGUGUCCGAAAUAGAAGAAAGGACGAAAACACAGCUGGGCUAUGAUGAUUUUAUUGUAAUUAUUUGUUGGUCAAACUAUUACAAAGUUAUCAGUUCAUCUAUAUUUUGGAGUGAAAAAUGAUGAUAGCAUAUAAUUUAGCAUAGCAAUUUUAUUUUAUUUUUUGGGGGAGGUGGAAUGGUAAAACGUUUAAUACAAGAAUUCUCUAAAUAAAUCGUCUUUCGUUUGUACGUUCGUGUUUGUCUUAACUCGUUUCUGGAUAAAGACUUUUGAAACACAUAAUUGACUACAUUAUAAAAUUUAUGAAUUUUAGUCAUACAUGAAGGAAAGUGUACAUGAAUGAGCUUAUGUCCAUUAUAGUCAGUAAAACCACUUGGUUACUUGACAAAUGCACACUUUCUGUUCUGCACAAUGUUGCCGCCAUUUGUGAAAGGUUGUAUCUACCACUGGAAAAAAAUACUUUUUUUUGCCACCUACACCUCGUCUAUGAGUAAAAAUCUGGGGUUAUUACCUACUUUUUUAAAAAUUCAAAUAUCUAAAAUGUAUUUUUCUAAAUUAGAUAAUAACUUAAAUUUUGUGUCAUUGCUGUGAAAUUUUCAGAUAAUAACACAAGAUUUUGACCUAUA